AUGCCUUUUGAUCAAGAUCCCCUUACCACUCUCUCUCCACCUACAGUUCAGAAUGGUACCACUCGCAACUGGGCUGCCACGUCUCUUUUACACUAUAAAUUCUCCCCCAAACCAUGGGACUGGAAGCUUAAUUUCGAACCCUCUGGGUUCGAAGAUGCCAUGCUUAUUCAAAUGCGCCAGAAUCGGCUCUCCAUGCGGGGGACAUUCCAUUUAUAUCUCCUAGGACAGAAGGCGACAUUGUAUUCGUGCAUCCACACAAAAUAUAUGCACAUCAAUUUGGAAUCUCUGAGCGAAUCCAUCAGACGAGUCUUGAAUGAUGUCAAAGCACCGCAGUUGGCCACCGUCGAUGACGUGGCUAGCAAUCUAGCCAAUAUCUCUAUCACAGAGCCCGAGGACCGAGGUGCACGCGUAGAGCGAAAGGCACCUGACCUUAUUGGUGUCACGAGAGCCGAUAAAGCCAUUGUCUUUUCUCACAAUCCUAACAAGGAACGCCCUGGUAUUCAGACCCGUCAGAAGGAACAAAACAAUGAAUGGCUUGAAGGAUCUUCCGUAUUGAAGCGUAAAGAAUUGCAUCCGUUUGCAUCAUCCAACAACCAUUAUCUCGAGUUGUCUCAGUUUUUCAACAUAAAUACGGGUGCUGAACUGCGAGAGGAGAUCAUAAAAGGAAAUAAGACGGUCCUGAAGGGUUUGGUGGCAGUCGAGUUCAAGAAAGCUGGCCAUAUUGUUCCUCAUGAAGUGCAACAGAUUGCCACUAGGGCAGCUUCGCUCGCUGGCGGCGUCGAUCGAUUGGAAGGCACCAUGUCAAUUUUACAACAAGCCGUCCGAUACGGUUACCACUAUGGCGUAGACUGCAUCUAUGUCACCGACUACCUCAACGUAAUCGUCGCAAAAUUACCACGGCAAGCCGAAUCAGGGUUGGAUACCAGCGAAGAACAGACUCUCUUCGUUGACUGGGCUGUUGUUGAAAGAUAA